UGGAAGGAACAUUACUUCCAUAACUUCAGUCUCAAGCAAGGCUUUCCUUUUCAAGUGAAUCUUUGUUUCGUACGGCGCUUAAAAAUUUGUUCAGUUCAUUCACACAAACAGUGAAAAUCAACGAGGAAUCUGAUGAAGGACACUACUGAAAAUCGUAAAAAAUGGCCAGUAGGCAGAAGCUUGAUUGAUUCGGUAUUUUCUUGGUCCAUUCACGAUGUACUCCGCAACGAUCUCUAUAAACACCAGGUAAACAAAAUUCCAGAGACAUUCACAUCAGUAUCAGAAUACAUGAAUUACUUUGUACCUCCGCUUCUCGAGGAAACACGUGCUGACUUGUUCUCAAGCAUGACAAUGGUAUCUUCAGCACCCACCAGGGAAAUCUUCUCAAUUGAACUAUGUAAAGAUUAUCAACUUCCGAGUGAUUUGUUUUACAAGGUUUCACUACAAAGGACCAGAAACCCUUCUGAUCAUCCUGAGAUAACAACUUAUUAUGAUGAACCUCAGGUUGGAGAUCUCAUUGCAUUGACAGAUGUAGUCAGACCAAAAUGGAUUUCGGAUCUUAACAGGCCUAAAAGACCCUUCCUUCUUGCUUAUGUUCAUAAGAUUAACGACGAAAAUUCUGACACGUUAUCAUUACUUGCUUCCAAGCCCAUUAAUCUUGAAGAAGGCAUACCAAAAAGAAAUAAGAUCAUAUUUGGAGGACAUGGCAGGCGUCAGCAUGACAGAGAUCGUCUCGUUGUUGUUUAUUUAACCAACCUGACAACAAAUAUUCGUAUAUGGAAAUCACUGAACUCAGAACUGGAGAACCCUAAUACCAAACUAAUCAAAAGUGUACUUCAAGCUAAUUCAGCUGAUGAAGAAGAUUGUACUGAUUGCUUAUUGGAAGGAAAAAAUAGCGCUGAAUUUGCAAAGGCAAGGGAGACUUUAAUCAGGUCAAACAAAAUGCAUGAUUCCCAGGGAGAUGCAAUUGUUAGCUGCCUGUCAAUGAGGCAAUGCUAUCAUCAGAAUAGUGUCAAGCUAAUUUGGGGUCCUCCAGGAACAGGAAAAACAAGAACUGUUGGUUUCUUGUUGCAUUUUUUGUUUCAUAUGAACUGCAGGACACUUACUUGUGCUCCGACCAAUAUUGCAGUACUGAAAGUGACUGAAGGACUGCUAGGAUUAGUUAAAAAGAAGCUCAAGUUUGGUACUUAUGGACUGGGAGAUAUAGUUUUAUUCGGGAACGAGGAGCGAAUGAAGAUUUCUGAGAAUGACGAUUUUCUUGAUAUUUUUCUCGAGUAUCGAGCUCAUGUACUUUGUCAAUGCUUUAACUCAUUGUAUGGAUGGAAGGCCAGUUUGGAAUCAAUGAUGAAUUUAAUUGAAGAUCCUGAACUACUCUAUCGCAGGUACCAGGAGAGUUCAAAAGAGUUGUCAGAUGAUGAUGAUGAUGAGGACAAAACUGAGUUAAUUUAUGAAAAGUUCUGUAUUGAAAAGGUGGAAGAUAAAAACCUCAAUGACAAGAGUAAAGUAAAUAUUUGUAAGAAACAAAUUUUCCAGGCUUUGAAAGAAAACCAAUUAAAAGACAAACAGAAGAAGGUAAAAGAUAAGAAUAGCACUUGUCAAAGCAAGAAAGAAAAUGUACAGAACAAGAAAUGUGAUGAUGUUCUAACAUUUGAGGAGUUCAUAAAGAAACAAUUUAAAAUCUUCAAUGCCAGGAUGCAAUUUUGCAUUGAAACUAUGUAUACACACCUUCCAACAUGUAUAAUCUCAUUGAGGGUGGUGAAUAACAUGAUCACAGCUCUUUUUUUGCUUCAAUCUCUCGAAACUAUUUUGCAGGAAGUUCGAGUUGCUGAUUUCGGUUUAAGAGAAGCUAUCUGUGAUUUAGAAAAUAUAGGAGGCAGAGUUAGUCAUUGUUCAAAUUUAUUUACCAAGAGAAAGGAAUGCCUUAUGAUACUAAAAAAGCUACCUUCAUCAUUUGCAGUUCCAAAAAUUAUUGACAAUUAUUCGAUCAAACAGUUUUGCUUGGCAAAUGCUUGCCUACUGUUCUGUACUGUUUCUAGCUCUGCCAAGUUGCAUACAGAUGGAAUGAUGCCACUGGAAUUAUUGGUUAUAGAUGAGGCAGCGCAGCUUAAAGAAUGUGAAUCAACCAUUCCUUUUCAGCUUCCUGGUCUUCGCCACGCUGUUCUUAUCGGGGAUGAGCGCCAACUUCCUGCCAUGAUUCAAAGCAAGAUUUCAGAAAAGGCUGAAUUUGGAAGAAGUUUGUUCGAGAGGCUAGUCUUACUCGGACACAAGAAACACCUACUGAAUACACAGUUCAGAAUGCAUCCAUCGAUAAGUUCAUUUCCAAAUCGAGAGUUCUAUGGUGGACAAAUUCAUGAUGCUCCAACAGUUAAAGAAAGAAAAUAUCAGAAACAAUUUCUUCCUGGAACCAUGUAUGGCACGUAUUCGUUUAUCAAUAUAGCACAAGGAUUAGAGCAAUCUAAUGAUGGGCUUAGCAAGAAAAAUAUGGUUGAGGUUGCUGUGAUUUCUGAGAUGGUUGCGAGGCUUUUUACAGAAUUCACUAAAACUAGUAAAAGGAUGAGCAUAGGAGUUGUAUCACCCUACAAGGCUCAAGUUAAAGCUAUUCAGAAUAGAAUCGGAAAGACUUACAGCGAAAAUGUUGACUUUUCUGUAAGUAUACGUUCUGUUGAUGGGUUUCAAGGCGGCGAGGAGGAUGUGAUAAUCAUUUCCACUGUCAGAUGUAAUGGAAAUGGAUCAGUUGGAUUUCUGUCAAAUCAUCAAAGAGCUAAUGUAGCAUUGACUCGUGCAAAGUAUUGUCUUUGGAUACUUGGAAAUGCUUCUACUCUCAUCAAUAGCAACACUAUUUGGAAGAAACUAGUCAUCGACGCGAAGACACGAGGGUGUUUCCAUCAAGCAGAUGAAGACAAGAACCUGUCAAAAGCUAUAGUAGAUGUCUUGAUUGAGCUAGACCGAAUCGAUGUUUUACUGGCCAUGGAUUCUCUCCUGUUCAAAAAUUCAAAAUGGAAAGUUUGCUUAAGUGAUGAUUUUCGGCAUUCUAUUGCCAAACUAAAUUCUUAUAAUCGCCAAGAAGUAAUAUCUUUGCUGGGAAAACUUUCAAGUGGCUGGCAUCAAUAUGAUAACCAGAUAAAGACCAAUUUCCAUGAUGGAAAUUCCUCUGAGAUCCUGAAGAAGUACACUGUCAAUGGCAAUCUCAAUCUGAUGUGGACAGUUGAUAUUACCAAGGAAAAUUCAUACUUGAUUCAGGUUCUCAAGAUUUGGGAUAUCUUACCAUUAUCUGCUAUAGCAAACCUGGAAAAGCGGCUUGAUGCCAUUGUUGGGAAUUAUACAGUUGAUAAAAUGAAACGCUGCAAACACAAAUGUGUAGAAGGGAAUUUGGUUGUACCUAUGAAGUGGAUGGUGGAGUCAUUUGAAGAGAAUCCUGAGCAAGUUUUGUCAAGACCAUUUGCUUCACUCAGUCUCAGAGAUAGAACAAAAUCAUCAGCAACAACAACUAACAACAGAUUUAAGACGCAUGGUAGAGCAUAUUCAAGGAGGUGGUGAAGGCUUAGUUGCAAUCUACCGGGCAACAGUAUAGGUGCUUUAAUAUCAAAUGCUUGCAAAUUUUGACGUUUCUGGUAGUGAAAUGAGUUGUUAGGUUUCAAAUGUAAAUGCAUGAUUAGCAAAUACUUGCAUAUAUGGGGUUACAAAAAAUUGCGGUAGAAAUGUUAAAGUUAGUAUAUUUUGAUAAUUUAAUUUUUAUUUUCUUAACGUGGUGAAUUCAAGCGGAUUAUCAUUUACGUGGCCGAUAAAAAAUUAUGUGGCAUUUAAUUUUUCCGUUACCACAUAAGCAAUUAUUAACGGAAAUAAAUAAACUUAACUUUUGUACUACCCUUGUAUCCAACCAAAACCUUUCCU